AGAUAGGUCAUCUCCAUCAAAAUUUUUGGACACAGUUUUCAUCUUUUUUUCCCCUUCUUCUACAUCCUUCCCUCUACUGUACUCACAUCCUCUGUGGAAGAAAAGAAACCCAGUUGAAAAUGUUUUGAGUCCCUUUUUCCAAAGUGCCUCUCAUAAGAAUUUCACACCCACAAAAACCCAAAACAAAAAAGCAUUAAAAAUCCAGUCUUUUUGGUUUUGUGGCUUCUUUUUUUUAUUUUUUUAUUUUUUAUUUUUUCCCCCUUUCUUGAGUAUGAAACCUGCACUUUCCAAAGCUUGGGACUUUGUGAUUUUUUCUUGAGAGUUAUUCCCUGUGUGAAGUUUUGGUCUCUUCCAUGAAAACCCCUAUCAGUGUCUGAUAUAUAUCCAAAAACCUUUUUGUCUUCUUUUUACUUCUCUUCUAGCCUUUUUCCUACUUUGAAAAACUUAUUUUUUAUUACCUAUCAGAUCCUUAAAUCUCCAAUUCAGUUCUUUCAAACACGAAACCAAAUCAUCCCCAAGUUACCGAGAAUACUCAAAAGCUUUGAUAUCAGAUUUCUGCCUGUUUGGCCACCUAUUUUGCGCUUUUGGUUAAAGUUGUUUUGAGUGUCCAGAAAAUGCAAGACUCAGCGACAUUCCAGCCAGUGAAACCCCACUUUCCAGAACAAGAACAGCUCAAGUGCCCAAGGUGCGAGUCCACAAACACCAAAUUCUGCUACUACAACAACUACAAUCUCUCACAGCCACGCCAUUUCUGCAAGAACUGCAGGAGGUAUUGGACCAAAGGUGGUACUCUUAGAAACAUCCCUGUAGGUGGUGGAAGCCGCAAGAAUACAAAGAGGUCUUCGAAUCAAAAACGCUCUUCUUCUUCUUCUUCAUCAACCUCAACUUCGGUGUCAAACUCAGCACAGCAUAAUUCGGAUCAACAGCCCGACCCGACCCCGAUUUAUAGUCACACCGUUGAUACCGACCGUCGUAUGCUGGACAUACCAGGAAGCUUCAGUUCGCUUCUGACAUCAAAUGGGCAGUUUGGGAGUCUCUUGGAGGGUCUGAAUCCAAAUGUGUCGGGUGUGAAAAUGGUGCAAUUGGGUGAAUUUGGGGAGAACCUGAAUUCGGGUAUUCAGUUGAAUUCGGAGUCGGGUCGAACUCAGGGGAUGGAUGUACAGGGCAAUAGCAAUUCAGAGAGCUAUCUGGGUAUGCAAAAUGGUGAUUCAAGCUGUUGGGGUGGAGGCAAUGGGUGGCCUGACCUUGCCAUUUACACUCCAGGUUCAAGUUUUCAGUAGAAAGAAGGGGGAGAGAGUUUACUGUAAAGCUUAAUCUCCUUUCUAAUACUGCUAAUUAUGAUUAUUUACAUACCUAGAAACUAUGGUGGUAAAAGAAAAAGAAAAAAGAGAAGGGGGGGUGGGGGAGGGGGAGAAAAAAGAAAAGGAAAAAAACUGAGGAAAAAUGACAAAAAGUUCAUCUCAGCAUUCUCUGAGACAUACCACAAUACCACACCACUAGCACAUUCUAUAUGUAAUGGUGUCCUUUUGUUUUUGGGUUUUUGGAGUGGUUUUUGUUUGUAUGUGAUAUGGCCAAGAAUAUGUAUUGAUAUUAAUCUUUUUAUCUUUUGGACAAGGUGGGGGAGAGAAGGGGGUUUCUAUGACUGUCUAAAUACCAACAAUCACUAUUUUUUGAGGUUGAAGUAAUGCAAGAAGUAUUACUUUAGACAAGAAUCAAAAUUACAAGCUCUUUGUACACUCCACUGUAUAAACAUGCACAGAUUUAUAUAUUGUGAUGUAGUGUGAAGUGUUUGUACAUAUUUGUCUAUAGCUUUGUAUGCAUGGAAUGGUGUUCUUCUUUA